AUGUUCAGCAGGUUAAAGAAGUUGAUUGGGGCUCCUGAACCGCCCCCCCAACAAGCUGCUACACCCCCUCCUCCUGCCCCUGCUCCACCUGCCAAGGUAAGACCCACUUCUUAAAUAUGAUGUAUAAUUGAAUAUUAAAAACUUAAAACCUGAGUCAGAUUAUACUCAUUAACAUUUCUGUACCUGACUUUAAGUUUAUUUUCUUCUACCUACUCCAUAAAAAGCUGUUUGGCACCACAUCCCCAAUCAAUCUUUGUUCAUAGAGCCACAUCAAUAAAAGGUAUUUUAAUGGAUUUCUCAAAACCUGUCAUUAAUCUGUUUUGUGCUGUCUUGAAUGUUGUCAAGAUGAAUACACAGGAGCUGUUUCAGGUGAGGAUGGCAGGUGAGUCAGAUCAGUGAAAGCCUCUGAAGCAGCUUGGCACUGAUCACUGCAACCUGAACAGGGAGGACAGGUCUGCAGGGUGCGUUCACUCCAGCAAAACAUGGAGCAAAGUUCAUAAAUUAAAGGAGAGCAUCAAUCUCCAACAAACAAAGGGCAAACUUUGACUAGCACUUUUGGUCCUCACAGUAUGGCCCUUUGUUUUAAUAGAUGGCUGAUGGUGCUGAUUUGUAAUAGUGAUAACUUUAGAAUUUUACAUCACCUGGGUGUUACGUUUUACACAGCUUUGUAUUUGUAUUUAAAAAAUAAUCCAAAGGUUAUGCCUUUACUUCAUACUUUUUAGGCUAGCUAUUAGUGCCUACAUCUUUACAGGUGGCCCCAAUAAUGUAACAUGUUAUGUAUGUAUAAGGUAUGGAUCAAUAUGAUAGCUCUCCUUUUAAUAUUGAAUAAGUAAGAUCAGCCUGACCCUACUGUCUACAGCUGUGGGUAGAAAAACCUCAAAAAUAACAGUCUAGAUACAAAUAAGCAGAAAUGAAAACUGUCAAAACACCAUUUAUAUAAUAAAGAGUGAGUGUCUGAGGCAGAGUUAAGAGAGACUUAGAGGUUGUUUAUAAGAUGUCUUGUGUGUGUAUUUGUCUUAAAAUGUUGCAUGUCUGCACACUGGUAUUUGCAGGAGGAAAAGCCCCCUGAAAAGAAGGAUGAGAAAGAGGAGCCAAAGAAGGAGGAGGAGAAAAAAGAGGAGGAAAAGAAAGAAGAAACAAAGAAAGAGGAACCCAAGAAGGAAGAGGCAGCACCAGGUAUGAUGUCUGAACUAACAUUCAGAAUCUUCCUGACACUCUGUCGCUCUGUGAGUUUUGUGCGUCAGUUUAUAUUUUUAAAAUCUGUUUAUAUUUCAGUCAAAUGUUAAUGUUAGUUAUGAAAAAAUAUGUAUGGAAAGCUGCAUAAGAAGUGGAAAUAGCCUCUUAUUCUAAAAGUAAAGCCAAUGAAGAAUAACAGCAUUAUUUAUAAUGUCCAGCAUUGUUUUAAGUCAUGAGUGAUUGAGUCCAGUGUAAUGUUGCCCCUCUAUCAGAAAUCAUAUAAAGUAAACGCUUAACUGCACUAGAUCUCUGUAAUUUUAAAUCUGUGUUUUGAUAUUAAACAUUAAAAACUCUAUUUAAUGCAGAUUUUAAAACCAACUUAUAUUUGUUGUUUUAUAUUUAAUUCUUCAAGAGGUCAACGGAUGAAAUGUUGAUGGUUUUGUUAAAUUAUAGUUUUCUCCUGGGCUGGAUUCUCCUCAUUGAGACUGCUGCAUUGGUUCUCAAUUAACUAAUACUGCUAUUGCAUUUUCCACCAGCUCCUGCACCUGCUGCUCCAGCCCCUGCCCCAGCUCCAGCUCCAGCUCCAGCUCCAGCCCCGACACCUGCCCCUGCUGCCGCUCCAGCUGCUGGUGCUCCUGCAGAAGGAGCUGAGGGGUAAGAAUGUGUUUAAUACAGAUUUAAAAUCAUGUCUCAUCUCAGACAAGCUCCAGUUGGUACACUCUCACUCUCUUCAGUAUAGAAAAAUCAAGCAAUCUACCAGGAGUUGAUACACUGCCAUUACUGUGGCAGCACCCACCAAAAAAUUCUGUACUUUUUAAUGCAAGUGGCUCUCAGGAGAAAUCAAUUUUGUACUUUAGUUUUUACUGUCAAUGUAACUUUACAUCUAGCUACAGUGCUACAGAUGACACAUGACAGAACAAAUGAAGUUAUUUUUUGCUAUCUGAGUCACAACAAACUCAGUCUUUGAACAACAAAUUAGGCUUUACUUCAAGAAGAGUCUACCUGUAUGGGAGUGGUUACUUUUGGGAAUCCCCCCCAUCCCAGCGCUCUAAGUAACCUGUUUAUUGCACUGGCAGAUGAUGAAACAAAAUUGUAAAUAGUAGUCUUCUACAAGCUUUCACAUUAGUCAAGAUGCUGCAUAGAAUUCUUACGAUCUUGUUUGGAUCGGGCUGCGGCAGAUGCUACACUGCAGAAAUGGUGGCUUUGCAAGAUGGUGUUACACAUAAAUACUUCUUCAUAGACUCUUACUGGGCUGAUGGCCUGCACAGGAUAGUGAGGGACACAAGAGUUUAAAAUGUUGUCAGGUUUGUGCCCAAACAGAUGGACAUUUACAAAAGCACCCACCCUUACUUUUUCUUCACUUCAAAAACUUUUUUUCUAUCAGGAUAUUUACAGGUCACCAUCAAAACAACUUAUCAAUUCUCUAAAUCCUCCUCUGCUUUCUGGUCUCUUAACUCUAACUGGAGACAAAUUUUAUGAAUAAGCAUCCUACUGUUCUAACAAAGACUUGAAAAUACAGAUUGAGACCAUAAAGUCACAGCUAAUUUUCAGCUGCAUUGUCUGCUGUUUGCACAGUGUCUGUUCAGACAGUCUGUUUGCUGUUGUCUCUGUGAGGCUGCAGCCUGUGACUCCUAAAUAAGGAAAGGAGAUUAGGGGCUUAAGUGGUAUUUGUGACCAAGACAUGCAGAGUUAGAGCUCACAUGCAUUCAAGAUCUAUCUUUACACUGCUGUUUAUAUUUAGAUUUUAUGACUGAAAAGUAUCCUAGUUAGUCAAGAUGAUAAUUUACCCUCUUCCAUGCUGGACUUAUAGUAGAAAAUUCACUGCCUAGAAUACAAAAAAUAUCUUACAGUGGAGGUCAGAUCUCUUGCUGGGCUACCCACGUAUUGUGGGAAUCACUGGUAAUGUAUCCUUACCUGUAAAAUCUUCACCAGCUGUUGCCAUGCCCGUGGGCUCUGUUCAGCUACAGAGGAGAUAAAAUGGUUUUAAAUAAGAGAUUUAAUUGCUCUACAUUUACUAGAGUUUUAGCAGGUCUGGGGAAAACUGCCUUUUCCUGAGCCUUGAGCAGGAAUCUUCUGAAAGAGCUAAAUGAGGUACAUUAAUAUUAAAAGCAGUUUUAGGAUUUAUCUCUCCAGAACUGGUAACUUUAAUGAUUUUUGCAUGUUCUGUUGUUUGCUACUCAUCUUUUUUGUUCACUUGUGACUCUGCAUGGUUGCUGCCUUGGCCAGGUCUGUUAAAAGCUUAAUGUGACACCCCCAAAAAUGUGCAACAAGCCAUACAAUUACAAACACACAUUUCAUUUCCUCUGAUGUCCCCUCUUUUCUACUUUAUCAUAAUUGUAGUAUGAUCAAUUGCUGCUGGACAUUCGUCAGCUCCAGUUUCAACAAAAUAUGUUCAGACUCAGUUGCUACAACUGUGCAUAGCAAGCAGAAAAUGCGGCAAAUCAACACAUCUGCAAAAACCACAGAUAAGCCCUUAAUCCCAUCAGAUCUGAGUUUGGUAGGUGAGAAUCACUGGUAAUGCAUCCUCACCUGUAGGUGACAGAUUGAACAUGGACCUAGUGGAGUCCCAGUGAGACAGGCACAGAAAACUUACUGCAUACUAGUUAAGGCUUAGGGCUCUAUUUUCGUGCUUUGCCGGCGACGUGGCGCCGACAAGGUGUUCCCAAGCACAAUUUGGUAUUUUGGUGAGCGCGCAGCCCGGUGUAAGUAUCCCCCCUCCCUAACUCAGCUCCUCCCAGCGGCGUAAGUCAUAGCGAGGGAGGAGAGAGAGUGGAGUGGGUUUAACACAGCUGAGACCUGUAUUGACCAAUAACAUCAGCUCCUCUACUCACCUUUAAAUCCGCCUACGGCGAGGCGUAUUACAAUUUUCGUGAAGUAGUCAAAGAGAUUAAGAGAUGUCCCCUCAACAAGUGUCACUGUGAACGCUGCAGAGGGCGUCCUCCACACUCUCUCAUAUAAGCACAGAUGGAUUUGGUGUGUGUAAUGUUGGACCCACUGGUAAUACAAACACCCUUUUCCACAAAUAAAGACACUAACUUAAAGUUGCAUAUAUUUGAACCUCACGUGACAAAGGUGGGUUGAGCGCACAGAUCACAACAUAAAUUCCAAUAAUGGCAUUAAAAUCAGAACCAUCUGUGCCUAAAUGACAAAUCGCGCUCCGUGGCCUGGCUCUGUCUUUCAUAGAUGUUGGCAUAUAAAAUAAAUUUGGCUCACAAAACUGUAUAUAAUAAUAUUCGUAUGUAGGCUUAAAGUAAAUAACUCAUCUGAUCACUGAAACAAAUCAUCUGUUCAGCUGCUGCAGCAGCAGAACAGGGAGAGGACACGGAGACGUGUCCAGGUUGAGCUGCGCGAGAAAUAAGAGGAAGAGGAAGAAAGAAAAGGAGGGAGACGAAUCAUAUAUCUUGUUAACUUCAUCAUGUGUGUUUAUUUACUAAGUAUUUAAUUUAAUUUAAUGCGGUUUCAGAUGUGUUGAUUUGGUCAGGUUGAGUGUCCAAACGCGUGCCAAAUGCGCUCAUCAGAAUAUAUCUAUAUAGAUCUAAAUGUAUGUGCUAACACAGAUUAUUAGUUGUUGAUGAUUAUUUAUUGCACUGAAAUGUGCCUGACACUGUGGAAACCUGCGGGUGAGGCAUCAGUGACGUAUGCCGAUACGCUGCCGGUCUACCAAAAUACCUCUAGACCAGCUGCGCUCCGCCUGCACUGAUAGCUGACCAGGUUUGAAUCGGCGAGCUUUUAGCGCACUUUACACGCCACUGGCGAGCACGAAAAUGUCACUGCGCCAGCUGAUUCUGUCGACACCUCCCCCUGCCACGGCACCACGCCCAGCUUGGCAGACCUCGGUGCGCCUCAGUCCACGAAAAUACCAAACUGGCUGUACGCCAGGCUCCGCCGGAUGAAAAUACCACUGUGCCACCUUUCGCCGCGUCCCCGGUCACAAAAAUAGAGCCCUUAGUGUUGCAGAAGAACAUGAACACUCCAAUGCACAGGUACAUAGUGGUAAGGAUUGUGUGGGUGAUGAGGGGAGAUGUUUCUUCUGAUAACCAAAAUAAAAUAUUAGAAAAACUGAGGAAUUACUUGAGCAGGUCACAGGAUUGGAGCACCAAUGCUUUGACAAAUUGUUUAAGCAUGAAGCACUCUCUUACGUGAUUACACAUACUAGCAUUUUGGUCUGUUUGACUCUAAUAGGUAGUAUAACAGACUAAACCACUACCGUGUUUGAGGAUAAGACAAUCAAAUCAUUGGGAAAAUGUUCAGACCCACUUUUAUGACAGGAAGUUGUCCCCUGCUGGUCAUUAAAGAAAAUGCAAAUAUAUAAAAUAUCAACCUCACUUUUCAAACUAUGUUAAGAAGUUAAAUGAUUUAUUUAUGAAUUAUUGUCUUUAUUGUUAUAUUCUGUUUUCAGUCAAGAAGCUCCACCCCCACCUGUGGUCUACACCCGCUUCACAGAUGACGCUCUGCGAGCUUUAGCCAAGAACUUAAGAGAGAGAACUAGUAUACUCAGAGAGAAAGCAAUCGACCCAUACGCAACCUCUCCAGAGGUCAGCCCACCUGUCAGUAAGUACAGACAGAUGCACUCUGACAGGUAGACAGAUCCCAUUGUUAAACCCACUCUGAACCUCUGUGUCUCCCUUCCAGCCCCUAUUUAUAAAAAGGAAGACUACAUCAGGCUGAAAGAGGAGGAGAGGAUAGCAAAAGAAGAAGCUGAUAAAAAGAAGGCAGAAGAAGCAGCCAAGAAGGCGGAGGAGAAGAAGAAAAAGGACGAGGAGAAGCGUCUGGAGGCUGAGAAGAAGGCAGAAGAGGAGAGGCUGGCAGAGGAGGCCAAGAAGAAGGCAAAGAAGAUCCCUGACAUCAGUUGCUCUUGCUUUGACAUCCUCCUCCGCCCCAUUGAGAACAUGAUGGACAGCUGGUUGGGAACCACCAUCGAUCCUUUCACAGGUGGGACAGAACACCUGAGAGCAAACAGACACAUUUAAAUACCUGAAAUACUUUAAAUCGGUAUUUUUUCUCUAUAGAUCGUCGAUACAUCACCUGGUUGACUGUAGUGGCAAUCGCUUACAAUUACAACGUCUGGUUCUGCACUGCUCGACUAGCAUUUCCGUACCAUAACGAGCAUGCGAACAAAUACUGGGUGUUUUGUGACGUCCUUAGCGACUUGGUGAAUGUUAUCGACAUCCUCAUCUGGCAACCUCGGCUGCAGUUUGUCAAAGCUGGAGAUAUUGUUGUAAGUUAUUCAGUUUGCUAAAUUUGAUCUGUUUGCAACUUCAUUUUUUUUUGUCUUGAAACAGCCCAAACACUGAAAUUUAAGUUCUUUUUUUCCUCUUGCAGAAAGACAGAGCUGUAACUAAAGUUCACUAUCGCAAAUCGGACAGAUUUAAGGUAAGAAUGUGAAAAUGCUACAAAACCAAUAAGUGGAUUACUCAAACACUAAAAUACAGCUAUAAGGCACUCCUGCUUAGUGUUUAAAUCAGGUACUUCUGAUCAAUGUCAUUUUAUGAGUUACAAAAAUCUGUCUGAUAUAGUUACUGGUCAGUAUGAAGAGGGAACCUCUGGAUGGCGGAAGUAGAAAAUCCAUACUGAAGUGUCUAAACUGCAGUACCCUGAAUGUCCAUCAGAGGCUGUUUCCCAAAGUGUGUCACUCCGCAUAGAGCCCAAUGUUAAAAAGUCCAACUUUACAGCAGAAAUGAGCACCUUUGCAAUUUAGUAUAACAAACAGAUCUGGUUCCUUUAGCCCAUUUUUGUAUUAAAAUGGCAAUGUCUUUGUGGUUUUUGAAUCAAUGGAGGAUAUCUCUGAGAAUACAGACAGAUUCAUAAGUAUGUACAAAAAAGUAAAAUUUUUAAGAAUCAGUGAAUUUCAUCAUCUACAGUGUAUGAUUUCAUAAGACGAUUCAGAGAAAUCUUUUUUAUACAGGGACAAGGACCAAUACCAGAACUGGAAUCGACCUAAUGGCCCUAAUUUUUAAGGCUCUGCAUUAAAAACAGAUAUGACUCUGUAAUUUGAAUCACUGCAUAAACUCAAAAUCACUUUCAAAUCCUGUGAGUGUGAACUCAGCUCGUCACUGACCAUCAUUCACUCCCGGGCUACUCUAGCCUCACAGUUGAAAAGACAGCAUUCCUGAUGGCAUGGGGGAAAGUGUCUGUGGCUUUCACAUCUGUACGGGCUCCAUCAAUGUUGAACAAUACAGGUUUUGUAUCUGACAUAUUCUAGCAAGACCAAUUCAAACCACAUUCUGCACCGCAACAUGGCUCUGUGGGAGACAAGUCCUAGUAUUAAAUGGGUCCUGACUUGUGAUCCAAUGUGUGGCCCAUUAUAACAAAAAAAAAAAAAAAUCAAACAUAGGAGACCCUAAACUAUUGAACAGCUCAAAUCCUUUAUCAGACAUUAACUAGAAAGAUUUUACUUUCCAAACUCCAACAACUGGUCUCCUGUGCUGCCAAAUGUUCACACAGUGUUACUAAAAGAAGAGCUGAUGUAGCAUGAUGGUAAACAUGACCCUGCCCAGCUUUUUCUAAAACAUGUCGUUUGCAGGACAUUUAAAAUUAGGUUGUACUUUUUAUACAAUGAUAACAUUUUUCAGUUUCAACAUCUGAUAAAUCGUCUCUCAGCCACUUCUGAUUAGAAAUAGGACUUAUCAACAUUUUACAAGCAUUUCAACUCUUUCAGAACCAGGGCUGUGUAUGGUUAUAGAAUUUCUCCUAGCAUUUUUUUUCCACAAUUAAUCAGAUGGUUCUUACUGUGUAUUCUGUCUUUUUCUUUGUAGGUUGAUAUGCUCAGCAUCUUUCCCUUUGACCUCCUCUGUUUCUACUUUGAAUUUUCCUCUGUAUUCAGACUCAACCGCUUCAUCAGGGUAGGACACCGCAGGAUCCUCUCUGGGCUUAAAUAUGUCUUAUUCACUUUCAUUCUGACUAAUGUGUUUUAUGAUCCUCUUAUGCCUGAUGCUGUCCUUCGAGGGAACAGUAAAAUAUUGUUUCUGAUAAUGCAAUUUUCACGUCUGACUUAAACACAUUUUUUUGUUUUGUUUUAAGACUGAUAUACCGCUGACAGAGUGUCAUGGCGAAGGCUUAUAUCUGGAGGUAACACCCCACAUAUGGCAUAAACUCAAAAACCUUUUCUAUAUUCCCAGAUCUUAGCACAUGACAGGCUAAUGUGUUUUAUGAUCCUCUUAUGCCUGAUGCUGUCCUUUGAGGGAACAGUAAAAUAUUGUUUCUGAUAAUGCAUUUUUCACGUCUGACUUAAACACAUUUUUUUGUUUUGUUUUAAGACUGAUAUACCGCUGACAGAGUUUUCGACAGUGUAACCUUUGAUUUUCCUUAUUUCUUGCUUUUUCAAUAAACUAGAUGGGGAAAAGCUCAUGUGUAGUGCAGAAAUAAUAUUCACUUUAGUUUUAGUCUCAAGGUACAGCUGCAUAACUGUUAGCUCCCUGUGAUAUAUUAACCACAUUACCUGCUGACAUAGCUUUUCCAGAGCUGGUAGUUUUUAGUCCUACUAUGGAGGUCUUCAUAGCUGGAACAGCCUGAAGGUUUCAGUAUUAGUUGAGACACAAAUCCAGCUCAUACAGGUCUCUGUUAACAAAAGGUUUGUCAGACACAUCUGAGAGACUGUCCGAGACAAACUAUAUCAACAAAAUGCAUAUUAAAUGAGAAAGCUGAAGACUGAAAUCGACUACCUAUUCAAAAUGCAGAUCAGUGUAAAAGGUUUUCAGUAAUCUCAUAUCAUCAAACAGAAAAGGAUUUAAAAAAGGUGGGAAGACUGAUAACUGGCCUCAGGGCUUCCAGACUUGUCAGUGGGUCAUUAUGUAUCAUGAAUGUAAAGUAAAUGCACAUAUGUUUUUUUUUUCACAAGACCCAUGAACAUACUGUAUAUUGACCAUAUAUUCAUUGGGACUUUUAUGAAAAAAAUUGUCAUAUGUAGAAUAUCAACUGUACAAAAUGUUUGUUUUCAGUGUUUCCAAAAUUAACAGAUUUAACAAUGUGUUUCUCAGCAUUGUUAUGUCAUAUACCACAGUCAUGAAUUACUUUUUUAAAACUGAUAUUUCUGAUAUUAUUCUCCUUUUCUCGUACAGAGUUGCUCGAACCACAGGCUACCUGCUCUUCAUGCUGCACCUGAAUGCCUGUGCGUACUUUGUGGCCUCAGUUCAUCAGGGUCUUGCUACAACCACAUGGGUUUAUAGCGGACAGGGUUCAGCGUAUGUAUAAAUUUAUCUCUAUUUUUAUUGUUAUUGUUGAUUUCAGCACUCUCUCAAGGGAAGUUUUAGUUUUACCAAAGAUGCUGUCAGGCUAACCUGAAACCUUUUCUGUCCUGUGUCAGAUGCCGGUCCUUAAUUGUGUUUGAGGUCAAUAUAAUCAUAGAUCAUUGUAAAAGAACAUUUAAUAUGAUUGUCAGGAUACAUUUUCUUUAACAUAUCACGCCAAUAAAAGCCCUUUUAGUAUGACAAACAAACCCUUUCUUUUCGCAGAGUUCAUUACCACAGGAUGCAGCACACAAAAAUACUGAAGAGAUAUUUUUGCGGUGUAAUUUUCCUGUUCUGGCAGAUUGGCAGAUUUUCCCCUCUGCAGUAGUUGUACAAUCCUUUAAGUUUGGAUGUUUUCCAUCAUAUUAAACUGUAAUUCAUGUUAUAACACCAAACUACAACAAUCUAGAAACAUUUAAGAAAAAAUGAAAAAUAUCCCAAUUAUGUUUAUUGCACAAAGCAUUACUGUGCUUUCUUUAAAUAUCCCCCUCUGUUUUCUUUCAGCUACUUGCGCUGUUUUUACUUUGCAGUCCGCAGUCUGAUCAACAUCGGGGGUCUACCUGAGCCUGUAACCACCUUUGAAAUCACCUUUCAGAUGUUAAACUUCUUCAUAGGAGUCUUUGUGUUCUCCAGUUUGAUCGGACAGGUAGGUGAACUAAAGUAAUCUUUUAAAUAAGUUAGGUAUUUCAAAUUUUGACUCCCUGCCUGUUCAUAUUUCCCUUUCAAAGAUGAGGGACGUCAUUGGGGCAGCCACGGCAGGCCAGACUUAUUUCCGGGCAUCGAUGGACGGUUGUGUUGCCUACAUGAACACCUACACAAUCCCAAAGUUUGUCCAGAACAGAAUUCGCACCUGGUACAACUACACCUGGGCUGCCCAGGGCAUGCUGGGUAAAAGUCGUCCCUCAUUAGAUGAUUUCAUACAGAAUCAAAGAGAUGUUGAUAAAAGACUCUAACAGCUUGUUUCUGCAGAUGAGUCUGAGCUGCUGGAUAAGAUGCCUCUGGUGAUGCGAACUGCCAUCGCUGUGGACAUCAACCUGGCCACCUUCCAGAAGAUCGCCCUGUUUCAGGUGAGACAGGACCCACUUCAAUGAAGGUCGCCUUCAUUUAAAUAUGACAUCAAAAAUGUAUGAAGACACAGCUGCAUGAGAAACACCAACAUUUACCACCAAAUAUGAAGAGGAAAUCCAACUUAACGGCUGAGACGUUUGAAUCCUCAUUGGGUUUUUGUAAAAUGUGACGUGAUGAUGUGGAGCCAUACACUAACUGAUGCUCAUCUGUUCACCUGUGUUUGUCCCUGCAGGGCUGUGAUCAGCAGAUGUUAGUGGACAUGUUGCUGAGGCUCAAAUCCAUCGUUUAUUUGCCUGGAGACUUUGUCGUCAAGAAAGUCAGAUGCAAUCAAAUUAUAAUCAAAUAUAAUUAAUCUGUAUUAUUUUCAAAAUAUUUUCUGCAUAUAUGUGACCUUUCUUCCUCUCUGCAGGGGGACAUUGGUAAAGAGAUGUACAUCAUAAAGAGUGGAGCGGUACAGGUGGUGGGAGGACCUGACAACAGCAUUGUGUUUGUCACAUUGAAGGCCGGCUGUGUGUUUGGAGAAAUCAGGUGAGUAUGCAGACUGGGGCUCAUUAUCAGUGUCCUCAUUUUAUCUCCCGUGACGAAAUCUUGAUCAAACUGUUUGUUGUACCGCUAAAACAAAAAGUCUCAGGCUGUAACAUGUACACUUAGUCCUAUUUUGACAACAGCUAAAUUUUGGUGGAAAAGACCAAAUUAAUGAUGAACCUGCAGGAUACAGUGAUGCAGUUUUUUUUUUUUUUACCUUCUCAUAUGUUCAUGUAAGAUAGAGGCCCUACUUUAACCGUAAGGCCAACUAGGUAUAAUGAUCAUCUGGCAAAGUUUUGACAUUUAUGAACAGUGUGAGACUUAUGACGAAAGCACAAAAUGCUUGGAUGUGGCUUUGCAUUGGUUAGUAUGUAACAUGAAUGUUUUCAAAGUGUUUUGGAGUCAUUUAUUGGUUUUAGACGUUUUAUACUCAUAGUUUACCUAUAUCUGCUAAGUUAAUUGUCUCUGAUGUAGGUUACAGUAUGAUUCUCUCUUGCAUCACCUGGUUCACCUGCAUCCACCACUCUAUGAAUUUGUGACAUUGUGCAGUUGGUGUUCCUGACUGCAUUAUGAUGUGAUAUUGUAUGGAGUCUGUGCCUGGAGCCAUAGAGCCUGAAGGUCAUGGGACCCCCUCCCCAUGUGCUCACUACCUGUAGGAGGGGCCAAAGGGGUCAGGUGCAGUGCUAGUUGGGCUGUAACCAAAGACCGGGAUCUUGGCGGUCCAAUCCUAAGUUGCAGAAGCUCGCUCUAGGGAUGUGGAAAGCCACUUUUCUGACUGGUGUGCAAGAUGGAGACGUUCCAGCUAGAUAUAAUUGAAUCACCUAGACACUUCACGUGGGCUUUGGAACCAGAACCUCUAGCAGAGUCUCCCAUCAGAAGGAGCUUCAAUUCCUACCUCCAGGAGAGCCUCAACAAUGGGGGAGACAGGGGACAUGGAGUCCGAGUGGAUGAUGUUCUGUGCUUCAGUUGUUGAGGUUCACAGCCAAGUGUGACGCAGCUGGGAUAAAAAUCAACACAUCCUUAUCUGAAUCCAUGGUCAUCAGCUGUAAAAAGGUUGAGUGCCCUCUCGGGGUAGGGGAUUAAAUCCUGCCCCAAGUAGAGGAGUUCAAGCAUGUCAGAGUCUUGUUCACAAUUGAGGGAAGAAUGAAGUGGGAGAUGGACAGGUGGAUCAGUGCAGUGUCAGCAGUGAUGCAGGCACAGCACAGGUCUGUCAUGGUGAAGAAGGGGGCUGAUUCAAAAGGUUAAGUUCUUGAUAUACCAGUGGAUCUGUGUACAUUCCUACCCUCACUUAUGGUUACGAGCUGUGGGUAGUGACUGAAAUAACAAGAUUGUGGGUACAAGCGGCUGUAAUAAGUCUCCUCUGCGGGGUGGCUUGGCUCCACUUUAAAGAUAGGGUGAGAAACUCAGUCAUCCGGGGAUGCUUAAGGUAGAGCUGCUGCUGAAUGGAGUCAGAUGAGGAGGCUUGAGCAUCUAAUCAGGAUGCCUCCUGGGAUGCCUUGCCAGUGAGGUGUCCAGGACAUGUCCCACCAGUAGGAGACCAUGGGAAAGAUCCAGGACACUCUGGCGAGACUAUGUCUCUCAACUGGCCUGGGAACGUAUCAGGGUGCUCCAGGAAGAGCUGGAUAAAGUGACUGGGGAGAGGGAAGUCUGGGCUUCCCUGCUUAGGCUACUGCCUAUCCAACUUUGGAUAAGUGAUAAAAGAUGGAUGGGUGGAUGUAUUUUAUUUUAUAUAUCAUUCCUGUUACAGUUUGCUUCAGUCGGCAAAAGACGGUGGAAACAGACGCACUGCUAAUGUCAAAGCUCACGGCUUUGCUAACCUGUUUGUCCUGGAGAAGAAAGACCUGUUUGACAUCCUAGUCCACUACCCAGAGUCUCAGAAAGUCCUUGCCAGGAAGGGCAGGUGAGUUAUUUACACCUGACUGAGCUGCAAAGGAACCAAACUAUGGGUCACUCAUUUUAAACGUGUGCACUGAAAACAGCAGCAACAAUUCCCUGUGAGUAAAUCUGAAACAAAAGGUUGAGUGAUUUUUUUAAAACCUUAUGAUUGUCAUUGUUUAAACCCUUUCAAUGGAAAGUCAAUGGAAAAGUUUUUUGAUCCUUUACAUAUGAGAUACAGUGGGUACGGAAAGUAUUCAAACCCCUUUAAACUUUUCACUCUUUGUUUCAUUGCAGCCAUUUGCUAAAAUCAAAAAAGUUAAUUUUAUUUCUCAUUAAUGUACACUCAGCACCCCAUCUUGACAGAAAAAAACAGAAAUGUAGAAAUUUUUGCAAAUUUAUUAAAAAGGAAAAAACUGAAAUAUCACAUGGUCAUAAGUAUUCAGACCCUUUGCCCAGUACUGAGUAGAAGCACCCAUUCUUCCUUGCAGAUCCUCUCCAGUUCUGUCAUGUUGGAUGGAUGUUGGUGGACAGCCAUUUUUCAGGUCUCUCCAGAGAUGCUCAAUUGGGUUUUGGUCAGGGCUCUGGCUGGGCCAGUCAAGAAUGGUCACAGAAUUGUUCCGAAGCCACUCCUUUGUUAUUUUAGCUGUGUGCUCAGGGUCAUUGUCUUGUUGGAAGGUGAACCUUCAGCCCAGUCUGAGGUCCUGAGCACUCUGGAAGAGGUUUUCUUCCAGGAUAUAUCUGUACUUGGCCGCAUUCAUCUUUCCUUCAAUUGCAACCAAGCAUCCUGUCCCUGCAGCUGAAAAACACCCCAAUAGCAUGAUGCUGCCACCACCACGUCUCACGGUUGGGAUUGUAUUGGGCAGGUGAUGAGCAGUGCCUGGUUUUCUCCACAUAUACCGCUUCAAAUUAACACCAAGAAGAAUCUUAUUACUCAUAGUCUGUGAGUCCUUCAUGUGUUUUUUGGCAAACUCUCUGCAGGCUUUCAUAGGUCUUGCACUGAGAAGAGGCUUCCAUCAGGCCACUCUGCCAUAAAGCCCUGACUGGUGGAGGGCUGCAGUAAUAGUUGACUUUGUGGUACUUUCUCCCAUCUCCCUACUGCAUCUCUGGAGCUCAGCCACAGUGAUCUUUGGGUUCUUCUUUACCUCUCUCACCACGGCUCUUCUCCCACAGUUGCUCAGUUUGGCUGGACGGCCAGGUCGAGGAAGAGUUCUGGUUGUUCCAAACUUCUUCCAUUUAAGGAUUAUGGAGGCCACUGUGCUCGUAGGAAUCUUGAGUGCCGCAGAAAUUCUUUUGUAACCUUGGCCAGAUCUGUGCCUUGCCACAAUUCUGUCUCUGAGCUCCUUGGGCAGUUCUUUCAACCUCAUGAUUCUCAUUUGCUCUGACAUGCACUGUGAGCUGUAAGGUCUUAUAUAGACAGGUGUGUGCCUUUCCUAGUCAAGUCCAAUUAGUUUAAUUAAACACAGCUGGACUCCAAUGAAGGAGUAGAACCAUCUCAAGAAGGAUCAGAAGAAAUGGACAGCAUGUGAGUUAAAUAUGAGUGUCAGAGCAAAGGGUAUGAAUACUUAUGACCAUGUGAUAUUUCAGUUUUUCUUUUUCAAUAAAUUUGCAAAAAUUUCUACAUUUCUGUUUUUUUUCUGUCAAGAUGGAAUGCUGAGUGUACAUUAAUGAGAAAUAAAAUUAAGUUUUUUGAUUUUAGCAGAUGGCUGCAAUGAAACAAAGAGUGAAAAGUUUAAAGGGGUCUGAAUACUUUCCGUACCCACUAUACUGCAAGAGUUAAACCAAAAUAUUGAAAAUUACAUCUACGAGUUCAAUAUCAAAUUGAAGCCCUUCUCAUGUAAACAUGAAUGUUAAAUACCAAGCUGUUCUAAAUAUACUGUAUGUAUGUUAAAGGUCAACUGUUGAUAUAAUUAUUAAAUCUUUUAAAUAUCAAAUCUAAGUUUUACAUGUUCAGUCUCGAAGUUAAAUGAUAACUGUAAAUACAAAUAAUUACUCCCAAUUAUAAGUAAUGAAAUUCUAAAUGAGAAAUCUGUUAAAUGUAAAAUCUAAAUAAAACUUGGAGUAUAAAAGGUAAAAUAAUAAAUCUUUAUGUAACAUGAUCAUUUUAAAUGUUGAAAAUAAACUUCACUGUCAAUUCUUAAUGUUGAAUAAUAGAUAUAUUUUUUUUAAAAAGUUGUUUUUUUUUUACCACGAAACUUCUUGUUAAACUUGCUAAAUUUAAAAUAUAAAUUUCUCUCUGCGGCACAGCGGAGGUACUUGGGCAUUGUGGUAUUAAUUAGGCACCAAUUAUUUAAUACUUCUGUGACCCUCUCUUGCCUUUUUGAUUAUAAAUUGAUUUUAUUGUUUUAACAUGAAUGUGUUUAUGGAGUGAGUUUUAACUGAGUCAAUGAUAUCAAAAUUCUAUGAAAAUACGUUCUUUUGACUUUUAUGCAUCAACCAGGAGCGACACUUUUAAUCUCAUUGUACCCUGUCAUAGAGUGACAGAUAAGGCUCUUAUUUGUCAGAGUUUAACAUGUGUGUGUGUGUGUGUAGGAAACUGACCAAAGCCAAAGCCCCUGCAGGAGCUAAAGUGGAAGAGAAGCCCAAAGGUCUGGCUCUGUUUGGAAACAAACCUCCAACACCAAAGUUGCUCAGAGCAUUUGGAAACUUCAAGACAGGAGGAGUCAUGGACAAGCUGAAGGUACAGAUGGGCGCGCGCGCGCGCACACACACACACACACACACACACACACACACACACACACACACACACACACACACACACACACACAGCAGGAGUUUGGUUUGGUUUGGUCAGAUCGAGACACAAUAAGAUUCAGACCUCAUGAUUUAUCUUUGUUUCCACAGCAAAGUGCAGCAGAGCAGCCAAAGUGAGAGUGGAUGUGACUCCACUGUACUUCAGCUGCAGAGACAUGAGGACAGGGUGACUGGAAACAUAAUCAUAUGUCUCUAUUAUCCUUUUUAAAAACUGUCAGAACAAUCUUACAAUGAUUACCCUGUUAACUCUAGACACCAUUUCUUUGUUUCAUUGAACCUGAUCAGUGCCACUAGUCAUCUUUAAAAGUAAAUAUUUAAAGUAGUUUGUAU